AUGAAGCGAACGGUAUCACGAAGAGAGGCUGACAAAAGACGCAGCAGAGAAGACGAAGCCGUUGAUACACCACAUCUAGCCAAACCAGAGAACCAAGUCGUCCAGAACCCUGCGCCUUCUGAAAGGCUUGCCUUGAUUGACAAACUUCAAGAAGAAGUGGACGAAACAACCAGAAUUAGUGAACUCAGUGAAAAGCUGUCAGCGUAUCUACGACAUUUGGCAAAGUCGAUUGAAACGGCAUCAGAGAGUGCAGAAGCAGCUGAACAUACAAUGCAAAAUUGGGAGAGAACAUUCUCCAUCAUGGGAGAGAUGAACAAGGGCCGAGAAAAAGAAAGCCAAACAUGGGUCAGACUCAAGGAUACGGAUAACGGACGGUAA